AUGGCUCGGAAGCCGUCAAAGUCACCCCAAAGAUCCCCAGUCCACGACAGGAAAGCCAAUAUCAACUACGAGCUGCAGUACACCCGUUGGCUGCUGACAGUUCUGGGCAUCUGGCAGCUGAUCUCCAACAAUGUGACGAGACUAACGAAGGUGUCGUCACUCUUUCUGAUCGUCCUCAGCAUAUUCGCAAUCAGUUUCGUCCUGAUUCCCCUGGUCAUGUUCGCGCUGACGAGGGUGAAGACCCUGCGUGGAAGAUUCACCUUCAUCGGUCCUGUAGGCUUUCGCAUAUCGAAUCUCCUGAAGCUGCUCACGAUGGCGUAUCGCGCUGAUGUCAUCAAGGAGUGCAUCGACCAAAUAAAGAGUGAUUGGCUAGAAGUCAUCAUCGAGAACGAGCGGGAGGCGAUGCUCAAGAGCGUGGAGUUGGGGAGAAGCUUGACGGUGAUCUGCGCUGUCUUCAUGUUCAGCAGCGGAACGUUCUUUCAUGUUGGCAUGCCACUCCUGAAGCCGAGGAAGGUCAACGCCCUCAACGUCACCAUCAGACCUCAUCUCUAUCCCGGGUACGACGUCUUCGUGGAUUCUCAAGCCUCUCCGGCUUAUGAGAUCAUCUUCGCUGCCCACUGCUUCUGCGCCGCCGGAGGCUACACCAUCGUCACAGCUGCCUGCAAUCUGGCUGCCGUUUUCGUCUCGCACGUCUCCGGACAAGUCGAAGUCAUCAGACUGAAAUUGGAGACGCUUCAUGGCUCUGGAGAUCGCGAGGAGGCCGAUGUCAGCGAGCAAAUAGCCAGCAUCGUGCGAUGCCAUGUCAAAAUACUGAGAUUCUCCGGAAACAUCAAGACUGUUCUCCGGGAAAUAUGUCUGGUUGAAAUAUUACUGUCAACUGUCGUCAUCUGUUGGCUCGAAUUUUACUGCUUGACGGAGUGGCACAAUAGCGAAACAAUAUCUAUUGUCACAUAUUUCUUGUUACUCAUAUCGCUAACAUUUAAUAUUUUCAUCUACUGUUAUAUUGGCCAAAUAUUGAAGGAUCAGUGUGAGUCUGUGGGAUUGAUGACGUACUUGAUUGACUGGCAUAGGAUUCCGAGGAAGAACAUUCUGUCCCUUGCAUUCACCAUCUCCAUGACGCAUUAUCCUAGAACAAUAACAGCGGGAGGAUUGAUGCAGCUAACUAUUCAAAGUUUUGGUGAUGUGAUGAAGACAUCACUGGCUUAUCUGAAUAUGCUGCGGGCAGUCACAGCGUGA